AUGUCUCUCCGUCCUCGUUUCCCGCUUUCCCUCCCUCGUCGCAGGAUCCUUCUCUCGCGGAGCUAUGCGGUCCAAGCCCCAGGCAAUCCCACGCUAGAAAUAUUCAAUCGCAAAGCGAAAUACUUACAAAAAGAGAGAGCGGCAAGAAAUGUUGAAGAAAGCCGGAAAGUCGAUUACCUCAAAGACGAGGUCGCCUUUCGAUUGAGCGAACGGCUGCUGGACAUUAAAAGGAACUUCGACAACGUCCUCGAUCUUGGAGCGAAUAACUGCAAUAUUGCGCGCGUCCUCACAAAACCCUACAUUAACCCAGAUCUUCCCGACGCACCUCCCGCCGAACCCAUAGCGAAGCGGAUAUCGAAACUCACCUGCGUGGAAGAGUCGCCCUCAGUCCUAUAUCGGGACGAAUCGUUGCCCUUUAAUUCCGAGAUAUCGAUUACUAGAGAUGUCAUUCCAAGCCUGGAGCAGCUCCCUUACAAGCCGAAUACCUUUGAUGCUGUUCUAUCGUCCCUCUCUAUCCACUGGAUAAACGACUUGCCCUCGGUGUUAGCACAAGUGAACUCAAUCUUAAAACCAGAUUGCCCUUUUAUUGCGGCAAUAGUUGGCGGAGACACGCUCUUUGAGUUGCGCUCCUCGUUACAACUUGCGGAUCUCGAACGGAGAGGUGGAGUUAGCCCGCAUGUCUCGCCGUUGGCGGAUGUUCGAGAUGUUGGAAAUCUACUGAACAAGGCAGGGUUUAAACUACUAACAGUGGACGUGGAGGAUAUAGUGGUCGAGUACCCGAAUACAUUUUCCCUGAUGAUGGACUUGCAGGCGAUGGGGGAAAGCAACGCCAUCAAACAACGGGAAGUUGGACCAAUGUCCAGGGACGUUUUGCUGGCGAACGAGGCUAUAUAUAGAGCAUUAUAUGAGGAGGAAGGAGAGAAAGGAAUACCCGCUACAUUCAGGUUCAUAUUCAUGAUCGGAUGGAAAGAGGGGGCCGGGCAACCUCAACCGUUGGAGCGAGGGAGUGGAGAGUUGAAUCUCAAGGAUAUGCUGGGAGGAGGAAGCUUUGAAAAGUGA